AUGGUCAUUCCUGAGUGCCCCUACCCCCUGUUAGGCCAGGACCUACUCACCAAGAUGGGAGCCCAAAUUAGUUUCCACCCUAAAGGAGCAAAGGUUCUGGAUAAAGAGGGGCACCUGAUCCAGGUGCUUGUCCUGAACCUGGAGGACGAAUAUCAUCUUCACCUAAUGCCCCCAGAACCAAUGACCGACAUUGACCACUGGUUGCAGGAGUUUCCCCAAGCGUGGGCAGAAACUGGGGGAAUGGGAUUGGCCCAACACCAGCCAGCUAUAUACAUUGAACUAAAGCCAGGAGCAGAACCAGUCAGAGUUCGCCAAUACCCCAACCGACGGGUGAUGGACAUGCACCCUACAGUCCCAAACCCCUACACCCUCCUCUCCACCUUGCCCCAAGACAAGACUUGGUAUACAGUGCUAGACCUAAAGGAUGCCUUUUUCAGCUUGCCCUUCGCCCCAAAGAGCCAAGACCUCUUCGCUUUUGAAUGGGCCGGCUCGGAGAAGGGCAUCAAUGGCCAACUCACCUGGACUCAAAUACCACAAGGAUUCAAGAAUUCGCCCACCAUCUUCGACGAGGCACUGCGAAGCUUAUGGGAGUUCCGUGCCAAACACCCUCAUCUGACUCUAUUACAAUAUGUAGAUGAUAUCCUGUUGGCAGCAGAGGACCAGAAAACAUGCCUACAAGGCACCAAGGACUUGCUUCAAACGAUAGCAACUCUGGGAUACCGCGCUUCAGCUAAGAAGGCCCAGAUCUGCAGAAUGGCGGUGAGCUACCUGGGGUACAAAUUAAAAGAUGGACAAAGAUGGUUAACGGAUGCACGGAAGGAGACCGUCAUGAGAAUCCCACAGCCUCGAAACGUCAGCCAGGUACAUGAAUUCCUAGGGUCGGCUGGGUUCUGCCGAUUGUGGAUCCCAGGUUUUGCUGACAUGGCUAAGCCCCUCUACGAGGCCAUGACACAAAAACAGGACUUUGUAUGGACUGAGGCCAUGGACAAAGCCUUCAAUGACCUUAAACAAGCCUUGCUUUUGUCCCUGGCACUCAGUCUGCCUGAUCUGACUAAGCCCUUCCAUCUUUACGUGGAUGAAAAAGAAGGGGUGGCAAAGGGAAUCCUAAUUCAAUACAUGGGCCCCUGGAAGAGACCAGUGAUAUACCUCUCAAAGAAAUUUGAUGCCAUGGCUGCUGGAUGGCCUCCAUGUUUAAAAAUUAUUGCUGCUGUGGCCACCAUGGUUAAAGCUGCAGAUAAGCUGACUAUGGGGCAGGAACUAUACGUCACUACCCCACAUGCCAUUGAAGGGGUACUCAGACAACGCCCGGACCGAUGGAUCAGCAAUGUCUGCUUGACCCUUUACCAGAGCUUGCUUUUGAACCCUACCAGAAUUUUGUUCCAGGCGCCAACAGCCCUAAACCCAGCCACACUGCUCCCUAACCCUGAUGGGGACCCCCCAGCCCACGACUGCCAAGAAAUCCUGGCUCAGGUGCACGGAGUCAGAGGCGAUCUCCAGGACCGACCACUGCCAAACGCAGAUGACACCUGGUAUACAGACAGCCGUAGCUUUGUCCGGGAAGGAAUCAGGUAUGCGGGGGCAGCGGUGACACAGAGACAGACUGUCUGGGUGGAGCUGUUGGCAGCUGGGACUUCUGCCCAGCGUGCAGAACUGAUUGCACUAACCAAGGAGCUAACCAUGGGAGCAGGCAAGCAGAUAAACAUCUAUACUGAUAGCAGAUGUGCCUUUGCCACAGCCCACAUCCACGGAGCCAUUUAUAGAGAAAGAGGGCUCUUAACAGCAGAAGGAAAGACUCUUAAACACAAGGCAGAAAUCCUUGAGCUCCUAAGGGCCCUCUGGCUGCCUAAGGCACUGGCCAUUGUCCAUUGUCUAGGACAUCAAAAAGCAGACACGCCAAUGGAGGGAAAUAGGCUGGCUGACUUAAAGGCAAAAGAGGCAGCUCUUUCACCCGGGGAACCUGGCUUUGGGGGGGCCACCUACUGGGAAGUGGACUUCACUGAGAUAAAACCUGGAAAAUGCAGAUACUGGUAUUUACUGGUUUUUUCAGGAUGGACAGAGGCAUUUCCCAUCAAACAUGAAACCACACAGACCGUGACCAAGAAACUGCUGGAAGACAUCUUACCGAGGUAUGAUUUUCCUGUUAAGAUUGGAUCAGACAACGGACCAGGAUUUGUCUCUAAGGUAACACAGGGAAUGGCACUAGCACUUGGGGCAGAUUGGAAAUUACAUCGUGCAUAUAGGCCCCAAAGCUCAGGACAGGUAGAGAGGAUGAAUAGAACAUUAAAAGAGACCUUGACUAAGUUAGCCUUGGAGACUGGCGGGGAUUGGGUGACUCUCCUCCCCUUCACCUUAUAUAAGGUGCGAAACUCCCCAUAUAAGAUGGGACUUACCCCAUACGAGAUCAUGUUCGGUAUUCCUCCACCUGUUACUCCCAAUUUAAAAUCUGAGGUGCUUGCUGAGUUUGAUGAUCACCAACUCCUUUUCUCCCUCCAAAUGUUACAACGAACCCAUGAGCAGGUGUGGCCCAAGCUGAGGGCCCUCUACGAGACUGGGCCACCCCCGGACCCCCAUCGAUAUCAGCCAGGUGACUGGGUAUAUGUCCGGAGAUACCAACACCAGACACUUCAACCACACUGGAAGGGACCCUACAUCGUGAUCCUGACCACUCCCACUGCUCUCAAGGUCGAUGGGAUUACUCCUUGGACGCACUACACCCAUGUCUGGCCACCUGACCCACACACUGUUCUUGAGGACUUCAUCCCAGAAUGGAAAAGUCAGCCUGACAAGGACAACCCCCUAAACCUAAGACUGCACCGUUCUCACUUACCCCACUAA